AUGAAGAAGAAAUCAUGUAACGAAGGGGAUUCUUAUUUGUACAAAUGGUACUUCGAGCUUGGAACGAGCAUGAAGAGAUUAAUGAUACUUCUUUAUCUUUUGGGUUGUUCUGCCGGAUCGAUCGUUCAAGAUCUUUGGUCUUUAUCCGGACCCGAUGGAAAAAAUAGGAUCACUUCUUAUGGACUCGUUGAGAAUGAUUCUAAUCUAGUUCAUGGCCUAUUAGAAGUAGAAGGUACUCUGGUGGGAUCUUCACGGACAGAAAAAGAUUGCAGUCAGUUUGAUAAUAAUCGAGUGACAUUGCUUCUUCGGCCCAAACCGAGGAAUCCCUUAGAUAUGAUGCAAAAGGGCUCUUAG